UUUUCUUUUGUUUGUUUACUUUAAAAAAAAAUAAAAAAAGGAAGAAGACAAAACUCAAAAUACACGUUGCUUUUUUAUUGUUUACAUUUUAUUUAUUUUGUUUAUUGUAAUAUGGUGCGCAUAAAAAAUCGUUAUGUUGUUGUACAAAUUGUACCACACAAUGCCAAAACCAAAGUUUUAAACAUUAAAGAUAAUGUCUUGGCGAAAUGUAUACUUUCAAAUGUCCAAAAAUUUUAUGGAGUCUAUGGUGUUGGCUUAUUGGAACAUGGGUUUCGGGUUAAAUAUUGCAAUGAAAGAACAAAAAUUGCUAUAAUACGUUGUUCUCACUAUUCCCAUAAAUUUGUAACAAGCAUUCUGCCUUUAAUAACAGUGAUCAGCGAAACUCGAGCUAAAUUUCGUACCAUAUACACGGGAGCCACAAUAAUGCAGUGCAAUAAAUUUAUUAUAAAACAUCAACAGAAAUUCUUAGAUAGUAUGGUGGGACAAAUCGAAUCAGCCAAAGAAAGACAAGAUAUGAUAAAACGUGUAUUAGAAUUUGAAAUAAAUUAAAAUUGAUCGAUAAUCCACAACAAAAUUAACACCAAAA